AUCAUGGCGGUGUCCAUCCGAAGCAUGUGGAGAUUAAAUAAUAAAGCGUAAAUUGUACAUGUUAUUCCAGAAGUGUAGUAAGAAAGCGAAUCAUAUUACUUUUAUUGCCUCUUCAUUUUUUAAGAAAUUAGCUACCUCUCGUAAUAUAGCUAAUUUGGGAUACCUACCUUCGCUGAGUUUAACUACUUAGCCGGUUUACUUUUAUAUGCCGGGUAUCUGUGUAGCAAGUUACAUGAUUAAUGUAGUGUUUUAUUGAAAAUCUUUCAGAUAAUUUAACGUAGAGAUGAAGGGGAAAACGCGAGGCAAAUGGAAAAGAAAAGGUGACACUGGUAAGCUGCAGAAGUACAUGGUCUCAGUUGACGAAUUUGUUCAACGUAAAGUUGGUGGUGGUGAAACUGAAGAGGAUCAUGGCAACAGGAUCAUCAAAAAUAAGAGCCGAAAAGAGUUGCGCAAAGAAAAACGAAAAUUAAAGAAGAUUAAAAAGAAACAUUAUUAUGAGGGGAACAAACAAAUAAACAUCUCAACUUCUAAAGACGAUAACAGUGAAAUUGCAACCACUGUCAAAAAAGAUAAAAACAACACGGCGAAACACGAUUCUAAAAAACCUCAUAAAGCAACCCUCAAUGAGAGUAAAAUAAAGAAUUCAAAGGAAACGGGGGGACAGACUUCUAAAGUAAAAAAGCAACCGAAGGAGACUGCGUCGACGCUUGGGGUGAAUAAGAAGAAGAAUAAAUUGCAAGAACACAGAAAACAGGCACUUCUGGAAGCAAACGCUGCGGAGGACAAGGAAAUUAAGAAAUUAGAACGAUAUCUUGGCCUUAACAAGAGGAAAAACAAAAAGACUCUCCCUCAAUCUUUUGCUGCAGAUGGACUGGAUUAUAUCCUUGGAGCACUGGAUCCUGGAUUGUCCGCAUCUGGAAUGUACGAGAGUGACGAGGAAAUGGAGGUGGCAAACGCCAAGGAUAAAUUAAAGAAGCUAGAAGGCAGUGACUCUGAACUGUCGGACGACGCUGAUGAGCAGGAUGACAGCGCCGAAGAUGUUAAUGACGACAUUGGCAGCGACAAAGAUUCGGAUGAAAUGGAUGUUAUGACCGAUGAGGAGGAAAACGAUGAGGAAGACGCCAGCGCAGAGGAGGACAGUGCUGAAGCUUCUGAAUGCGAAGACGAAGAACAAGUCAAGGAGGAACUAGGGGAAGACACUAUGGAAGUGACUGACGAGGAAGAGGAUACUUCAAGUCAAACGACCUCAGGUGCACCUGGAAAAUAUGUGCCUCCUCACCUCCGAGAAGCGGCUGAUUGCAAACGACGGGCUGAGCUGGAGCGGCUCAAAAGGAGCAUAAAAGGACUGGUGAAUAGGCUAAGCGAACCAAACCUGGCUUCCAUUAGCGGUCAGCUGGAGCAGCUGUACAUGAACCACAGCAGAAAGGACAUGAAUGACACUCUGACAGAGGUGCUCCUGGCUGCCUGCGUCACGCCCGCUCUGAUGCCUGAUCGUCUGCUGAUGGAGCACGUGCUGCUGGUCAGCGUUCUCCACCACGCCGUGGGGCUGGAGGUAGGCGCACAUUUUUUGGAAACGGUGGUCCGGCGCUUUGAAGAGGUGUACCAGUCUGCGAGUGAGGGGAAGGAGUGUGAUAACCUGGUGGCCAUCGUGGCACACCUGUACAACUUCCACGUGGUGCACUCCCUGCUCAUUUUCGACAUCCUGAAGAAGCUGGCCGGCUCCUUCACAGAGAAGGACAUCGAGCUCAUCCUGUUUGUGCUGAAGAACGUGGGCUUUGCCCUGCGGAAGGACGACGCCGUGGCCCUGAAAGAGCUCAUCUCUGAGGCCCAGCGCAAGGCCAGCAGCCUGGGGAACCAGUUCCAGGAUCAAAACAGAGUGCGCUUCAUGCUGGAGACGAUGCUGGCCCUGAAGAACAAUGACAUGAGGAAGAUCCCCGGGUACGAUCCCAAACUCGUGGAGAGACUGCGCAAGCUGCAGAGGAGUCUGGUCCACCAGAGCUCCAGUGGCAGCGACGUGAAGCUGCGCGUCUCGCUCCAGAACCUUCUAGCAGCGGAUCAGGUCGGCCGCUGGUGGAUCGUGGGGUCCUCCUGGAGCGGAGCCCCCAUGAUUGGUGACCACGGUAACAAAGAGCAGCAGGGUUCAGCCGGAGGACAGUUCAGUGCCAAGGUCAUGGAGCUUGCCCGAAAGCAGAGGAUGAACACUGACGUCAGAAGAAAUAUUUUCUGCGUUCUCAUGACCAGUGAGGACUACCUGGAUGCCUUUGAGAAACUCUUGAGGCUCGGCCUGAAAGACCAGCAGGAGAGGGAGAUCGUCCACGUGAUCCUGGGCUGCUGUCUGCAGGAGAAAAGCUUCAACGGCUUUUACGCUGUGCUGGGGGAGAAGUUCUGCUCUCACGACCGGCGCUUUCAGAUGACCUUUCAGUUCAGCCUGUGGGACAAGUUCAAGGACCUCUCCAGUCUGACCAGUGGGCCCUUCAGUAACCUGGUCCAGCUGGUUGUCCACCUCCUCCAGAAGAAGUCUCUGUCCCUCGCCAUCCUCAAGGCAAUCGAGUUUGGUGAGCUGGACAAGCCUAAAGUUCGUUUUUUACGUCAAGUGUUGACUAAACUUCUGAAUGGCACUGAUCCCGGAGAACUUGAAAGUAUAUUUGGGAGGAUUUCGGGAAUCCCUAAGCUGGGAAUGCUGCGGGAAGGCUUGAAGCUGUUCAUCAGUCACUUCCUGCUGAAGAACGCACAGUCGCUUGGGACAGCUGAGCAAGCGCGUCUCCUGAGGGAGAGGUCAGAGGUCGCCACCGCGGCCAUGGAGGCCAAGGAUGCCAAGCUCAAGCUGUAACCAACAGACUCCCAAAAACAGUCCCAGGACAUCUCCGGAGCACAUCAAACCGUCCUGAGUGAAAAGGGUCCGUUCGGAUAUGUUUCUUUCUGGCCUUGUGCUCCAUGCUUGGAGUCACACAGCUGUACCAUUUUCACAGGGUAGAAGAGCCACCCCAGGCAUUCCUCAGACACAGGGCUGGAUGUGUGUCAGCAACGUGUGCCAGACAGAAUUUACUCAGACAAAGCUGACAGCAAGAGCCUUCUGCAGAUCAUGCUGCCUAUCAAACGCUGGAUUGAUUACACUUACAGUGGUGCAGCUAUAGUACAUCAGUCCAAAAUGAAAAUUGAUCUUUAUUUCAGAGAAAACACCUUUAACUAUAAUUGAACAGAUUAGGUCUUUGACAGUGGAUUAUGUGCUUAUUCAAUAUGUGGACAAAUGAGCAUCAUUGAAAUGCCAUGGGUUACUAUCACAGUUUACCUUCACACGCAACAAACACAUAAGUUAUUGUAGGGAUGUUAAUGCAUAAUCUUCUGUUUUUGCUUAAUUAUAUUAUAUUUUAACAUAUUUUACAAGGUGUAUUACAAGUUAUUUCUGAACAGUACCUCAUGUUGUGUUCUUUCAUGCAAACGAUACUGUUGUUUUUAACAGUACAGAAGACAAUGUAGGUACAUUUUUCCUCACUGAAUUCUGAGAUAUUCUGAGACCAGCAUAUGAAGUACCUUUUACUUUUACUCCGAAUUGUUAUUUUGUCUUUGAUUUGUACCAUUCUUAUCCUUCUUGGGGGGGAAAACUACAUUAAAAGAAAAAUUUAAAGCCA